UUCAGUGUCUGUGACCGAACGCAGUGAGUUCACUAUUUUACACCGCGCCAUAUCUGGAAUAAAUUUCUACAUACAGGUUUCCUCAUGCAGGCACAGACAGCGGACUAACACUGGACCCAACAGGAAGAUGGUUCCAGUUAAACUCCUCAUUCUGGGAGCUCAGAACACUGGAAAAACAGCACUGUGUGUUCGCUUCAUAACCAAGCGCUUCAUUGGUGAAUACGACCACAAGAAGGAGGUGACCUACAGAUGCAGUCGGGCGCUGGACCAGGAAUCUGUUGAUCUAGAGAUUUUGGAUAUAGCUUGUAAGGAGAGCUCUGUGGCGUCUCUGGAGUCGGCCAUCCGCUGGGCAGACGGCUUCCUGCUGCUCUACUCCAUUACACAUCGCCUCAGCUUCCUGGACGUCCCUCAACUCAAGAAGCUCAUCGAGCAAACCAAACAGAGUCUGGUUGUUCCUACAGUGCUGGUUGCCAAUAAGGCGGACCUGGAAAUCGGCAGGGAGGUGACAACAGAGGAAGGACAGAGACUGGCCAAGGAUUUAAGGUGCGGUUUCAGGGAGCUGUCGGUGGCAGAAGCUGUUUUAGCUGUGGAAGCAGCCGUGUUUCAGCUCAUCAGGCUGGUGUUGGAUCAGCAGCGUCCUCUGCCGGACCGCCGCUCCUACAUGCUGACUGUUCGCCACGCUCUGACCCGGAAACUGACCCGAUCUAAAACCAUGCAGUGGUGACCUCAGUAAACCAACAAUUCACCAAGUGGGACAUUUGUGAAACUUACACUGCAGUUUUACUUCCGUACUGAUUCUAUGACAUCAGCACUAUAAUAGUAGUCCCUGGCUUUUGAAAGAUAAAGGUAUGUUGAAUCACUCUGCAUGUGUGUACAUCACUGAUGAUUUGGCUGAUCUCUAGCUGCAACUUCUAGAUUUUUUGAAUCAUGGAUUCACAAAGGAGUGUACAGGAAAGUUAUACAACAAAAACAAUAAGGGGACGGCUAAUCUCGCAGACAUACAAACUCUGGGAACAACAGCCCAUGGGUUUGACCAACGGAAGUUGAAUUUAUGGGUGAUUUUACUGCUCACUUCCAGCUCAGCUUGAGGUAAUCUGGAAAGGAGGUUGGAUUAGGGUGAAUUGAGAAAUAUAUGUCAACUGGUAAAGACUCAGGAUGAGCUUUAAUAAUAUGCAAUCACAUCAGCUCUGCUCUUCCUCCAUUAAAGCAGCAGACAGUUUAAGGGGAGAGUUAAGGAAGUUAAUCAGAGGAAAAAACUGCUUCGUUUCUGGGAAGUGGUCUUAAUGCACAUUCAAGGACGGAUGGUGUCCCUUUUUAAGUUAGUUAUUUAAAAAACAAUAAUAUCUGUGCAGUUAGGGCAGAAAUACAUUAACAUAUAAAUACAUUUUUCUCUUAUUACAGUCUGUUCCAUGCAUAUUUUACUGUGAAAAAUGACUUUUGUCAGGAUGCAUCAACAUGCGUUCUAGUUUGUUAUGUGUUUUAUUGCCCAAUAGAGGGCGGUACAGUCAUUUCAUCUGGUGCAGACUCAUCACAGCAUGUCAAAUACACUGUUCAUCCAUUGUCUAGUGUGACAUGAAAGAAGCUAACUCACAACCUGUGAGAUCUGAAGUCUUUCUAGAAGA